UUUCUGAAGCUCGUGUCGAGAAGAAAGGUAGCGAAUGGGAAGUGGAGUUACUAUUUUUGUUUUGUCAUUGAAGAGAUAUGGAAAGUGAGUGUGCAACAACAAUCUCAACCCCACCUCCUGAUGGGCUUACUGAAGGGAACCCCUCGAAAACGCGUCACGGGAGGACUAGUGGCCCUACAAGACGUUCAACUCGAGGUCAAUGGACACCAGAAGAGGAUGAGAUUUUGAAAAAAGCUGUCCACAAUUUUAAUGGGAAAAACUGGAAGAAGAUAGCUGAAUACUUCAAGGAUCGAACUGAUGUUCAAUGCCUCCACAGGUGGCAAAAGGUCCUUAAUCCUGAACUUGUUAAAGGGCCAUGGACCAAGGAGGAAGAUGAUAUGAUUGUUCAGUUAGUCCAAAAAUAUGGGCCGAAGAAGUGGUCCACUAUUGCUCGGUAUUUACCUGGCCGUAUUGGAAAGCAAUGUAGAGAGAGGUGGCAUAAUCAUCUCAAUCCUGCUAUAAACAAGGAAGCUUGGACUCAAGAAGAAGAGCUGGUUCUGAUUCGUGCUCAUCAGGUAUAUGGUAAUAGAUGGGCAGAGUUAACAAAGUUCUUGCCUGGAAGGUCGGACAAUGGAAUUAAAAAUCACUGGCACAGUUCAGUUAAGAAGAAACUGGAUUCUUAUAUGUCGUCUGGCCUUUUGAAUCAGUAUCAAGCCAUGCCUUUAGCUCCUUAUGAGAGAAGCUCCACAUUGCCAUCUGCUUUUAUGCAGAGUACUAUAGAUGGUAAUGGCUGCAUAAGUGAACAGGCAGAGAAAGAAGUAGAAAACUGUCAGGUUUCAAGCGUGGCUGGUUCCUCUAUAUCUACUAUGGAUUAUCAAAAUGGAAUGAUAAACAUGGGGCAACACUUUCACCCUUGUGAAAACUCUCACAUGAAUGAGGGAGCUGCGUAUCAUUCAAAUCAGUAUUAUUAUCCGGACCUGGAAGAUAUCUCAGUCUCCAUCUCAGGACUCUCUUAUGACAUGGAGGACUGUUCACAGUUUCCUGAUCAUAAUGUCUCGAGUUCUUUGAGUCAGGAUUACCAAUUUGUACAGGAGCUGUCGGAUGUUUCAAUGGAGAUGAGACAUAAUAUGUCAGAGUUACCAACGCCAUAUACCAAGGAGAGCAAGGAAUCUUCUCUGGGAGCUUCAAACUCUACAUCAUAUAUAGAUGAGGCUACUUACACAAACCCUGCAAACGUUUCCAGGUCUGAAACGGAAUGUUGCAGGAUCCUUUUCCAUGAUCAAGAGAGUGAAGGGCUCAGUAUUUCUAGAUCUUCGAUUCAAGAGGCAAACGAGGUUGACCUGGCAGACUAUCAAAAUCCUGUUAUCUGUGCAUCAGUUUCAGACAGCCAGAUUUCAGAAGCUACAAAAUCUCCUGUACAGAGCUCUUCUUCAAAGUCUAUUACAACAGCUUCCUCAGGCAAAGAAACUCUCCGGCCGGCUCCCUUGAUCAUAUCACCUGAUAAGUAUUCCAAGAAGUCAUCUGGAUUGAUAUGUCAUCCUCUUGAGGCAGAACCAAACUCCAGGACAAAUGAAAAUGGUGGCUUCAUUACUUGUGCUAAUGAAGGGCCUAAUAACUCCAGCGAAGAAGAUCACUCAUAUCAUUUGAAUGAUUCCAAAAAGUUGGUUCCAGUGAACGACUUUGCUUCUCUAGCAGAAGUUAAGCCACACUCUCUUCCUAAGCAUGAGCCAAACACAACAAUAGAGCAGCAUCAUGAUGAUACAGGAGGAGCAUCAUCAAGUCUCUCAUUUCCAAGCUUGGACCUACCUGUUUUCAACUGUGAUAUCUUACAAUCUAAAAACGAUCCGCUGCAAGAUUAUAGCCCUCUUGGCAUACGCAAGCUACUGAUGUCCACCAUGACGUGCAUGAGUCCCCUACGGCUGUGGGAAUCUCCCACUGGUAAAAAGACGUUGGUUGGAGCAAAGUCAAUCCUGAGGAAACGCACCCGUGAUCUGCUGACACCGUUGUCUGAGAAAAGAAGUGAUAAAAAGCUUGAAAUUGAUUUAGCAUCCAGUCUUGCAAAAGAUUUUUCACGUCUGGAUGUGAUGUUUGAUGAGAGUGAGAGUGGAGUAUCAAUGUCUCUUGAGAAAACAGAGCAAACUUGCUUGGAUGCAUAUGUUGAGAAUGUUGAAAGUUUAUCUGGUGUUCUUUCUGAGAACAAUACCAACAACCAAGUGCUGUCUCCUCCUGCUCAGUCAGUAACCAAAGCAGAGAAGGCACAAGUUUCAACACCAAGAAAUCAUUUGCAGACUCUCAUGGCUAAUUCUAACAAAGAUCAACAUUCUCCUGCAAGCCUUUGUUUCGUCAUCAAUUCGCCAUCUCGUGGGAGAAACACCGAGGGUCAUAUUGUUCACAGUGAGACAAGCAAUGAGAGUUUCAGCAUAUUCUGUGGAACUCCAUUCAGGAGAGGUCUUGAAUCUCCGUCAGCCUGGAAAUCUCCAUUCUACGUAAACUCUCUCUUGCCAAGCCCAAGGUUUGACACAGAUAUAACAAUCGAGGACAUGGGAUACGUUUUCAGCCCUGUGGAGAGAAGCUACGGGAGCAGAGGACUUAUGACAAAGAGAAAUGAGCAUACAAGUGCAUUUGCAGCAUUCGAUGCAAUGGAGGUUUCACUUUCAGCAAGUAACUAUAAUGAUGCAAGGAAGAUGAUGGAAUUGGAUAAAGAGAAUAAUGAUCCUCUACUGGGGGAGCGUCGAGUGCUGGACUUCAACGAUUGCGAGUCACCCACCAAAGUAACAUAAGAAGCCUCAUCCUCUUACCUCUUAAUGAGAUGUAGGUAAAAAGCCAGAACCUCAAUACAUAAAAUUCAUUGCACGUAUGUGCAUCUUCUGUAAACAGACUCUCCCUGGUUGGAUCAACUUCUCUGUUUUUUUUCUCUUUAAAUGAAUCAGCUUGAAUGAAUUUAUGUAGAUACUGUGUACUCGAUAUAAUAUAGUAUAUACAUCUCCCAUAUUUGCCUGCAAUGAGUAUGCACAUUC